ACAAAUGGAAAAAUUGCUCAGCGAGCUCGCGGAGCUCGGAGCCCGUCAGAAAUUCAAUGGGGAAAUCGAUUUUGGAGCGGAAAUCGCAUCGGAUUCGCUGCUAGAAGUGAUGAAAAUUGUGGGGAGUGAAGAGUUGAGUCAGCAGGUUUUGGAGGGAUUUUUAGAGCAAGCUCCAACUAUCCACCAAGUUCUGCUCGGCAUGACAUUCGCCAGCUACCUGCAAUCCACCACGUCAGGAGAAGCUUCUCCAGGAGCCCAGGAGCUCUCGGAGCCACUCAAAAAAGCCCGCCGCUCGAUUCGUCUCCUUCUGAACCUCACCCAACGAUCCCCGGAUUUUGCCUCCCGAAUUUCAUCGGAAUCCGUUGAAUUAUUGGAAACUCUGCUCGCCACGGGCUCUUUUGACGUGGAAUGCCUCAUAAUUCUGCUCAAGACCUCCCAAGCCACGUGGCUUGAAUUUCAGAAAUCUCCACGUUAUUCGGCUCUUUUACAACGGGUUUUGAGCAAAUAUUCCCCGGAUUUUUCGGAAAAUUCGACGAUUUUAGCCUAUUUUUCGGUGCUUUUUGAGAUGGAUUAUGGAUUUUUAUCGAUGUGUUACGCAGAAAUGGAUGCUCCGACGUUUUGUGAGAUUCUGGAUGUGCUCCGAGUGAUUUUAACGCGAAAAACUUUAAAAAUUCACUCAAAUAAUCUACUUUUCGUUCUCAAUCUCCUUGAGCUUGUUGUAGUUGAUUAUGAAGCUUUUUGGAGGGCUCGUGAGCGAAAAGAGCCGCAAUCUGUGGAGCAGCGGAGGGUUGCGACAGUGGAAAUUUUGAAUUUGGAAGUGGAAAUUGUGGGCGAAAUGUGCUCUAACACGGAAAUGACGUCAUAUCUCAACGAGAAGGCGACUGCAAUGAAUUCGGUGGUUGAUGUUCUGGAUGCGGUAUCGAUUUUCCGGAAUAAAAUAUCGAUUUUUUUGGAUUUUUUUCAGAUUCUCCAUGCUGAAGCUCUUUUUGCCGAUUUUCGUGCGGAACAGCCUAGUGAUUGGCCGAAAAUUGAGUCAGAACACCCGAGAUUUGAAGUUUUAAAGCGAAAAAUUGAAGAAGAACGGAGAUACGAGGAGACGCAGAGAAGAUAUCCCGAUCGCCCACGACAACCGCUUCCACCGAAAAUUCAACGUGUAGAAUCCUCUGAAUCUCUGUCACUUCUCGCCAACACCAUUUUCUCAAAAUAUCGAUCGAUUGAUGACGUCAUCGGCGUGCCACGUGUCGGAGAGCUCAAGCUCAAUUGUUUGAAAGCCAUUGCGAAUUUGGCGAAUUUAUCGGAUUCUAAUAAGCUUGCCACGCUGCAAAAUGGCCGACAAGGACUAAUUUCAGUGCUUCAAUGUACCACGAGACGGCCUGAAUAUUUCUUGGAGAGCUUUACUAUGAGAAAUCAAUCGAUAUUCUGUGUUCGUCAGCUAACAGAUGGUUGUCAAGAGAAUAAGGAAGUGGUUUUUAAUCUCCAGCAGCCAAAUCAACCAAUUAUCGAUCGAAAACGACUUCUCGAAGAGCUCGGAGUCCACGUGGACAAUUAAAUUUUUGAAAUUUUAAUUUUUCUGUUGUUCCCGCAUUUUUAUACACGUUUUUUUGUUUUUUGUUGUUAAUUUUUUUUGAAAAAAUCAAUAAUUUAUCGAUUUUUUUU